AUGGCGCACGCUCCUCAUCCACUUGCUACCCUGGAGCAAAUAAUCAAGACACCUUCGUCUGAAGAUGGGAUUCCAUCAGAAGUGGAGGCUGACCUUCGAGCCGCAGGAUGUAUGCUGAUGCAGGAAGCAGGUGUGAUGCUGAGUUUACCUCAAAGUACGAUGGCCACUGCUCAAGUCAUCUUCCAUCGAUUUUACUAUGUCUCAUCAUUAUAUUCCUUCGGUGUCAAUGAUAUAUCCAUAUCAUCAUUAUUCUUAUCUACGAAACUGUGCGAGACUCCUGUCCGACUACGAGAUCUGAUCAACACCUACCUAUUCCUAUUGGCGAGAAUUCAAUAUCUCUUAAAUCAACCCUCCAAUCAACCCUUCAGACCCGCCCUGCCAAGCUCAAAUUUCAGAUUCGACGUACCGUCAUUCCACGAUGAGAUUUUCUGGGAAUGGAAAGAUGUAAUCACAGCGAAUGAAAUGCAGAUUCUCAAAAGGUUGGGAUUCAAUAUGCAGGUCGAUUUACCAUAUAAUCAUAUGAUUAAUUAUCUCAAGAUCCUAGAUUUGGUAUUUGAAGAUGAAGUAGCUCAGAUGUGCUGGUCGAUCCUAAACGAUAUGUUGCUUACACCGAUGUACGCAAUCCACCCACCACAUACCCUCGCUUGUGCAUCUAUACUACUCUCUACGAGAUUACUUCGAAUUCCCCUACCGGAAGGAUGGUACAUCCUCUUUGACGCGACAUACGAUGAUACCUGGUCGUGUUGCGGUCACGUCAUGAAGCUCUAUAAUGAUUGGGGAUUGGAAUCACCUCGAGGAUCUGUGACUCUUGGAUUCACUAUGAACAAUGGAGAUAAGGGUCAGAAUGUUCAGGAGAAUAAGUGGAGGAGAGCUUGGGUAUUGGCGCAGAGUAGGAAAGCUGUUAGACGGUGGAUAGAUGAGAGAGAUAAGGGUCAGAACAGCGUAUAA